CCCAUCUCCCUCAGCCUUCCUUCCCAGGAGCAGUGCUCUGCUCACCUUUGUGGCCCUCUGGACCCAUCCCAGCAGCUCUGUGUCCUUCUUGUAGCAGGGAUCCCCGUGCACAGCAGCUUUGUACUCCGUGUUUGGUGUCUGAGCCCCUCUUCUGCCCCGCAGUGAACGUGGUGGAGGCCCUGCAGGAGUUCUGGCAGAUGAAGCAGUCGCGUGGGGCCGACCUGAAGAACGGAGCCCUGGUGGUGUAUGAGAUGGUCCCAGCCAGCAGCCCGCCCUACGUCUGCUACGUCACGCUGCCUGGAGGCAGCUGCUUCGGCAGCUUCCAGUUCUGUCCCACCAAGGCCGAAGCGCGGAGGAGCGCCGCUAAGAUCGCGCUGAUGAACUCCGUGUUUAACGAGCAUCCCUCACGGAGGAUCACGGACGAGUUCAUCGAGAAGAGCGUUUCGGAGGCCCUGGCGUCCUUUAACGUAAGGCUCUGCACGGUGGAAUCACAGAAUCUGGGGGGCUGGAAGGGACCUCCAGAGAUCACGGAGCCCAACCCCCUGCCAAAGCAGCUCCUACAGCAGGUCGCACCAGUCGGUGUCCAGGAGGCUCUGGAACGUCUGCAGAGAAGGAGACUGCAGCACCUCCCUGUGCAGCCCGGUCCAGCGCUCCGUCACCUCACCUAAAGAAGCUCUUGUGCACCUUUGUGCACAACUUCCCACGCUGCAGUUUCGGGCCGUUCCCCCUCCUCCUGUCUCACGCACUGCAGAAAAGAGUCCGGCCUCGCCGCUCUGCCCCCCAGCCUCAAUAUUUACAGGCCUGGAUCGGCUCCCCUCUCAGUCUUCUCUUCUCAAGGCCCAACAGCCCCGCUUCGCU